GUUAAUUUUGGGAAACCAUCGGCAGAUAAUUUUUUUCGUAGUAUAUAUUAUUAUCCUGAUGUGAUAGAACGUGUAUCUGAUAGAGUGUUGAGAGCACGUAGACUUUGAUACCGCAGUGGACAGAGCGGUCUGUGGGACCUCAACUCACGUGUCACUGACAUCUUAGCAAAGGUGUCUUGGUGUGAAACCCUCAUUAGUUUCAAAUAUACGUAUAACUCGGUCCGUGGGACCCUUGCCCUUGAGUGGCUACGCGUCUGUGUCGUAUCUGAAUCCUAAAGUGCUUGAAAGAAACGUUAUAGAUCGAGUGAGUUUGACCUCAGCGCAUAAGAAAAAGUCGCCUAUUGUGAUACAUUUUGUCGGGUUUAAAGAACAAGAAUAGAUCGGUUGUGUUACUCGGAGUAUGCCAAAGUCUGACAAAUACACUAAAUAUAGAGAGGAAUACAGGAGAAUAAGGAAAAUCAAUGAUCAAGAGGAUAUCAAGAGAUUAUCUACUGAAUAUGGCCUGUCAGAAGAGCAAGUGGCAGAGUUCAAGGAGGCCUUCAUGCUGUUCGACAAAGACGAGGAUGGAACCAUCACUGUGGCCGAGCUAGGUGUGGUGAUGCGGUCGCUGGGACAACGGCCCACUGAAACCGAGCUCAGAGACAUGGUGAACCAGGUGGACUCAGACGGGAACGGCACCAUCGAAUUCAACGAGUUCCUACAGAUGAUGUCCAAGAAGAUGAAGGAUGCCGACGGGGAGGAGGAGCUGAGGGAGGCCUUUAGGGUUUUCGACAAAAACAACGAUGGCCUGAUUUCAUCGAACGAACUCAGACACGUAAUGACGAGCUUAGGUGAAAGACUGUCGGAAGAAGAGGUUGAUGAUAUGAUAAAGGAGGCAGACUUGGAUGGGGAUGGCCAAGUUAACUAUGAAGAGUUCGUGACUAUUCUGACUGCAAGGAACUAGAAAGAGACUGCAUCAAGAUAAUGGUCCAAACAUUUCCUAUACAAAAAAUAUUCGCUUCGUUGUAAAAACAAAUUGUUUUACAAACAACCGCGACAAUUAUAAAUGUAUGUAUACAUAUAUAUUAUUAUAAUAUGCACACACAGCUUCCACAGUAUGGAUUUAAAAAAAAAAUAUGUAAACUAUAUAUUCAAAAUGUUCUUAUACAGGGUGAACCAACUUAGGCUUAACAUAACCGCGAGAGCUGAUAGAACAACAACAAACACCAAUGUAAAUUAUUUAAAGGUUUCAUCAGCUGUUAGUUUUGAUGGCUUAACAGUGCCAUAUACGAGGUCUGCAAAAUAAUUGAUGAGUGUUUUUUAUACAAAAUAACUUCCUUCUGAAGCCACACAGCUCUGGAGACAGUUCUUGCACUCCUCAUAGCAGUGCUGGAACUCCGAUGUUAGAAUAGCCUUCAGCUGGUCGAUUACAACCGCUUGAAUGUUCUCGACUGUCCCAAAAUGAGUUCCCUUGAGGGAAGAGAAAAAAGUCACUGGACAAAUGUCCGGCGAAUAAGGAGUCUGAGAAGCCACAUAAAUGUUUUGAUUGGCCAAAAAAAUCGUCGACCGCCACGUUGCCAGUUUCAUGACUUAAUUUACAGACCUCGUACAGUACCACAAGCAUCACAGGCUGGGACAAUUUUACACCUUCAUAAAAAACGUGCCACUCAAAACGCGACUACGUGGUAACAUAGCGUAUAGCUUCACCAACAAAUUGGCAAAAUAUGACUUUCAGAAAACCCUAAACGAUUUUUACUGCAUUACUUGUUCAUUCAAUUCUUAUUGAUAAGACUCAAUGGCACGGUGAUAGACGUAAUAGGACUACUAAUCAGUCGCCGUGAGCUGAGCAAGUUCGAAUCCCCCGUCCCAAGAGCUAACAUGCCUGUUAUGCAAACUCUGCUAACCGAAAGGAUAGAUUGCGACAGCUUUGAGGUAUUGAAGUGCGCCCGCAAAUGGAAAUAAUGAAACGGCAAUUGAAGUUAAUCAAUAAGUUAGCACUUAGCUCGAUUCGUUCUGCCAAGAACAUUUUUACGGCGAAUUAUUAUUAGACAAAUGCUUUUCCGAUUCCUCGCAAAGCUUCUGCUGUAAAUUGGUCUGAUCGAAGUGGCUUUCAUGAUGACCAUCGCGAUGUAAUGCCUCGGUAACGGACAUAAUCUAGUGGAAAUACGGUGGGAGUUUUCGUCAGGAUCAUGUACGAGGGUCGUCGCAAAAGCACGUUACAAUCUAGUCCAAGAUAUUUAGAAAUUCAGAAGAAAGUUUAUAAAUGAAUAUUUCAGCAGAAUUAUAUGGGCGCGAAUUAAUAUCCCCACCUAAAUAUUAUGGAACCUGAAAAAUGUUGAAGCAAAAGCUAUCGGGUUUCGAAGGGAUCAAAUGGUGACCUUGAUCAUGAACGUCACUACGGUCUCAAGGUCAUUUCGAUGUCAAGCGAAUAUCUUCAAAUGGAACCCCUCUUUUCACACCGGCAUUGGAAAUCAAAGGAAAUUCUACGUUCAAUUAUGACCUGACAAUAACCUUAACUUUCGAGGCCAUUUUAAGUUCAAGUAGAGACAUUGGAAACAAUUUGCUCGAGCAAAAAUGUUCGACAGCACAGUUGUAAGGUCUUGACCACAACAUUCAAGGUCAAGUCAAAUCUUUUUUUCCGGAAUUGUAAAAAGCAGAAAAUGAAGUCAAGGUCAUGUCAAUCUUAAAUGUUAUUUGUGAGGCCGAAAUUGCAAGGAGCAAGAACCUUUAUAUUGAAACGUUUAAAAUUUUGACAUGACCUAGAAGGUGAUAAUCAAGGUCAUAGUUAAAAAUCACCUUUAGGUGACCAAACAAAGCUCAAAACUUUUCCGUCUAAACAUUUUUGCUAGUGUAAAUUGUUUUCAAUAUCUUGAUUUUACCUUGUAAUGACCUUGAAUGUCAUGGUGAUUAUCACAGUCGGACUCGCUCGGACAUCAAAUUUCUUCAUCCGGUGUGAAAAAGGAAGAGUUUCAUUUGUAAAUAUUCGCUUAACCUUGAAAUGAUCUUGAAAGUUGUAGUCAACGUCAUAGUUUAUAACCACCUUUAGGUGACCUCCAAAAAAAUACCAGCCUUUGUCGUCAAACAUUCUUGCUCGUGCAAAUUGUUUGAAAUGUUUUGAUUUCAACUUGUAAUGACCUUGAAGGUCAUGGCGAUUGUCAUAGUCAAGGUGAUACACGAACAUAAAAUUUCUUCAUUUUUCAAAUUCCGGUGUAAAUAAAGGAAUAUUUUCAUUUGUAAAUAUUUGCUUGACCUUGAAACGAUUUUGAAGGUUGUGGUCAAGGUCAUAGUUAACAAUCACUCCACAAAUCUCCAACCUUUGCCGUCAUACAUUUUUGCUAGUGCGAAUUGUUUUCAAUGUCUUGAUUUCACCUUUGUAAUGACCUUGAAGGUCAUAGCGAUGGUCAUAGUCAAGGUGAUACUCGGACAUAAAAUUUCUUCAUUUUUAAAAUUCCGGUGUAAAAAAUGAAGAAUUCCAUUUGAAAAUAUUCGGAUGACCUUGAAACGAUCUUGAAGGUUGUUGUCAAGGUCAUAAUAAAUGUCACCAUAAUUUUAUCUCUUCAAAACCUUUUUCUAGGAUGCGGAAAUGUUUAGGUGAUGAGAUUAAAGUGAAACAACCUAUACAAAUCCUGAAAAGUAAAUGAAAAGACACUUCAUCUACUGAUUUUGACUAGCUAACUCACUUUUUCGUGGAUAAGUUAAAUUUGAAUAAAAUCACGAUAAAAUGGGUUUGUUGUUGUUCUGCUGCAUUUUGCAUAAUCCCAGCGUGUAUACUCAAUUUUUUUAGGAACUGUACAGUGCAAUCAUUGCAAUUGUAAACUCAAUCAUAUUACAAAUACCGCAAAGUUGGGGUUUUCCUUUUCAGAAACAACUACCCUUGAAAUAACAAAGGUAAUGUGUAGUGAAAUGAGGGCGACCAAGUAAAAAAAAAUAAAGGAAAAGGUACUCACUCUCCAGUUGACGAGAAGGGCUAAGUACGUCUCUGCCCGAAAUCAUACCGCUCCAACAGAAAAUGAAAUCAGCUGAAGAGCUACCGAGCAGACGCAGAAACCAUAUUGAUUGUCUUACACUUAAUGGCACAUCUUCUAACAAGGAAGGCAAAAUGUUGCGUGAAAAGUCUAGGUAUUGCAUCCCGUCCAAUCGAUUUGGGAGAAUAAAUGGUCCAAUGAGCAUACCGUUCACCAUGCCAGCCCAAACAUUCACCGAAAAUAUUUGUUGAAAAUGACCAAACAUGAGUGUUGCGAAAGUUAUUCACCCCAUUACGCGUGAAUGUAGAUUCGUCUGUCACCAAUAUGCACUUCAAAAUGUCCGGAUUAUUGUCAUGUUGAUGCAACAACCACUCACAAAACCGCACUCUUGCUGGAAAAUCGUCAGGUUGAAGGGCUUGUACACGUUGGACGUGAAACGGAUACAGCCCCUCUUCACGCAGCGUUUGCCACACUUUAGUUUUUGAUACUUGCACUUCUCUAGCCACGUCUCUAGUGCUUGUUGUUUUUUGAAACGCAAUCGAUUAUACGAGUUCGUUUACCUCUACACGCGUGACCGUAACCGUCGGUUGAAGGUUGCAUACUAAUCUGACACACUGACCCCGACCCAGUUCUGCCGUCGGGUUGAGACCUUGUACCAGUCGGGGAUAUCGCGGCGGGUCGCGGCUACAGGACGGUAUUCAGAUAUUUUUGAUGUUGCAGAGCCCUUUAUCUCGGUUCCCUUAAGACACUGGUGUAUAUGGUACUAAGAAAAAUUGCUUAUGUUUUCAAGAUCUACACGUCGUGUAAAGGAAAACCCCAACUUUGCGGACACCCUGUAUUUGUUAACACGGAGCACUAGACUUUAGUUCAGCAUCAAAGCUAUCUCUGGCGUUAGUACCUACUAAAUGCGAGUGCAUUCAGAAAACGACAGCACUUCAGCGUAUUACACAGCUGCUCAUCCUGGGUAGUAUAUACGGCAACACUGUCAUCAUGACUUAACGAAAAUAUUCGACCUGUAAAGGGGCUUAAAACGACUCAUUAUUUGAAGGAUUUAGCAAGCAAACCUAAUUGUGCUUGAUACCCAGCUCAAAAGACUAAAUCCUAAGCAACCAGUAACUAUCGGUAGUCAGAAGACAGCAUUAAAAUUUCUCUGAAGCUUAUAUAUUAAGCUAGCAUUGAUACAAAAUAUACGAUUUUUUCAUACAUUUAAAUAGUUUUUGAUUGCACUGUACAUGUUUCGAUACUUUUCACUCACUUUAUACGCUUUUCUAUAGACGUUCGCUGUACUAUAUCAAAUGAUCAUUUGCAUAAAAUAGCAUCCAUUAUAUUAGGAGUCUUUCGUACAGACAGAAGUAUACACUUGCAAAGACACAAAAGUGCUUCCAACGGCACACAAAUAUGAAUAAUGAAGAUCUUGAAUUCAAACUUAUUAAAAGAAUUUGUAAAAUAGAAUAUCAGGCAUAUAUACAGUCACUUUUGGUAUAAGUAUGUAAGGUUUUGCUGUAAUUCCUGAAUAGUCUGAUUAUUCGAAGUCUUCUGGCAAUUUCAAUAACUCAUUAUGCAUUCUUGGAUUUUCUAACAAUACAAGACAGAUUUGUUUUAUGCCAUAAUAUAUUAUUUCCCAUAAAAUGUUUGUUCCUUCUCUCUACUUUACAAACUAACAAUCAUUUUUGUUCGAUAAAUCAACGAAUUUCUGGCAAGAUGUAGCUCACAAAUAAAAUAAAAAUACACAAUUUUGAUAAUAAGCUUUUACUGAGCUCUUAAUAAAGCGAACUGAUAAUUUAAAAGUUUGUAAUGUCAAAUUACUAGUCCGGAAAUUUCAUAUAUUUACCUUGUAUUUGUAUUGUAAAAAAAAAGUGUUUGUAAUGUCAAAUUACUAGUCCGAUAAUUUCAUAUAUUUACCUUGUAUUUGUAUUGUAUAAAAUCGGUUAUAGAAUGACGUUAUUUGCUUAUUGUGUUUUUCUCAUUUGGUACCCAUAUCAUAGCGGUGACCUUGGAAAAUUAUAAAUCGCCAUUUAGCGAAAUUAGAUUUAAAAUAGCGUCACUUUGCUUAUUAUGUUUCCCUCAUCACUCCAUAGAAGUGAAUAUGGCAAAUAUAAAUCUCUACUUUGAGGUGGUCGCCACAUUGGAAUUAGGAUGACGUCACGCUGCUUGUUAUGUUUCUAUCAUAAAGUUCUUUAAUACCUAUAUUAUAGACUAUGGUAAGAAAUUUGACAUGACGUCACUUUACUUGGGUUACUAUGGAAGUUAUGAAUCGCCACUUUAUAGCAUUCACCAUAUUGGAUUUAGGACGGCGGCAGUGAAUUCAUUUUGUAUUGUCACAAGAACCAAACGAAAAUUUCGUCUUCCACUACAUUUUUUUCUUGAGGCAUCAUUAUUCAAAGCACGCGACAUUUUCUUGGUGUCAUUCUUUUUAUGCUUCUGUCUAUACUCGGAGACUCAUAUUAAUGUACCUAUAAGAUACGCAGUCUAAGAGCUGGUGGUUUACAAAGUAUGAAAAAGUGUCUUCAUUUGGAUAAGGUUAGGUAGAAUUGAAGUUAUAGCCUAAAUGCUCACACCACACAUUUAGACUGAAUAUCAAAUAAAUGAAAUAAAUCAGAAUGAAAAAGGUGAUCGGUGAUGGUAAAUGGCGAAUCGGGUUUGAGAGGACGUGAUUUCGAUACACUAUUUUGUUUAGACACACGUGCGAACACUAUUUUGUAUUAAAAGAUUGCAAGUUCGGAAUAAAACAAUAUUAAAUAUCUAACAGUGCAUAGAAUAUUAUAAGGAUAUAUUUUUAUUUUUACUUAUACUCUUAUACUACAACUGGGCCACUAGCUCUAGGAUCAACAGACACGUUGUUCUAUUUACGACAAUUAGCGAUUACUUUGUAAUUAUUUGUUCUUCCUUUAUUGUUAAAAAAUGACUGUAGAUUUCAAACGACAGUUAUUAUAAAAUCAAGAUAAGGUUAAAUUUUGAUAUAUAUACUGAAUGCUAAUAUGUUGAUGUUAGACGUAUUGUUAGAACUUGUCGUUAAUUUGCAACAAGUUUUCUUGAAGAACCUGUAAGUUUUUUUUAUUGGUACACAUCAUCAAUACUCAUCCGAAACAAGCACCAGUUAGAAAAGAUUUUACACUUAUGACUUAAUUUUUCGAAACAACUUUAUCAAAUAUCUACUGUGUCGAUCUUGGCUAUAUUGUUGUUGAUACCCUAUGAAGAAAUUGUCUUCUUCUUAUACUUUAUACAAGGGUGUAGUUUAAGGUCCAAUCUCGUCACAAACUUAAUUACUUUGAACAUUUUCAUUGAAUCUAGCUUAUCCUACAAUCAAAAUAAUUCCCUUACAAAGACAAUAAUUUAUCUUCAAGAAAAUUUGCGAAUACAUCUGUCGCGUAAAGCGGAUAUCGUUACUUGUAGUCUAGAUACAUAUCAUUUUAUCAUUAAGUUAGCUAAUUAUAUGAAUGUGAUGUCUUUAAUUAUUUAUUUAAGUUAUGGAUAACUAAAAUUUAUCGGAUUCUUUUUUAUAUGCAACCUGAUCCAAACGCGCAUAUAUUUUAUAUAAUUUUUAUUAAUUUUCAAAAUUCUAACUACUUUAGUAACAAUUACCUUCUUUUGCAGCUUGAACCAUUAAUUGACAAAUCUUGAUUCAGAAAAAAUGUUCAACACAUUUCACAUCACCGUAAAUAACAACUAAAUGGCAAUGCUUUAGAAUUAACUAAGUCCCAAUUACUCAUUGGCAUUACAAGCAAGGUUUGAACAACAAUUCAAGCUCUUGACCAACUCAAAAAGUGUCAUUUUUAAUCGAGUUUUUGAACAUUGAAAAAUGGCUAUUUUCAGAUUUAUAACCCGAAAACGGUCAACUUUAGAAAACACUUACUAGGGACCUUUUUUGUUCAGAAUAAUCUAAACAACUUUUAUCGGUGCGAAAAAACAAACUUUUAGUAGUUUGUUAUAAACACUGUUUAAACCUAGCACUGUGUCUCUUCCAAAAAACGUGAUUAUAAAAAAAAUAGUUGGAAAAUUUAUCCCACGAACGCGAAGUUUUCGCCUCACACGUUUGUUUUAUGUUUUGAAUACAGCAAUUGCUUGUAAUAAUUAAAUGAUGUGAGAUGUUUGAAGACGGUCACUAUUUAGCUACGUUUUGUUAACAUUUUGCUUAAUUUGUCCAAAAUCCUACUGAAAUCAUAGUGUCAGGUGUAGUUGUUGGUCAUUAUUUACAAGUAUGUUACAGAUUGCAACAGUUAUAACGAAUAAAAUGUCAUUUACAACUGAGAAA